CCAGGCGCCACCGAGUCAAACGACGUCGUCGCGAGUUCAACAUCGACGAGCAGAAUGCGGUGCCACUACGAGGUGCUGGGGGUGGAGCGCGACGCGUCGUCUGGAGAGCUGCGGAAGGCUUUUCACAAGCUGGCUCUGAAGUGGCACCCUGACAAGGUCAAGGAAGGCCAGGAUGUCGACGAAGCGACCCAGGUGUUCCAGGAGAUCCAGAGUGCGUAUGAAGUGGUGAGCGACCCGCACGAGCGCGCGUGGUACGACGAUCAUCGCGAACAGAUUCUCCGCGGGGAGGACGGCGCGCACCAUGACGGCGAUGCCGACCGAUUCGACAUCAUGCGCUUUUUCAGCACGUCCGUGUACAAGGGAUUCCAAGACGACGAACGGGGAUUCUACUCUAUUUACCGCGGCGUGUUCGAAGAGAUCGAUGCGCUCGAUCAAGCCGCCCGCGGGGACCCGAACUCCGCGCCGUCGUUCGGCACGUCAGCGUCCCAAGUGCCCCACGCAUUUUACGACUACUGGCGAUCGUACAUGACGGACCAGACGUUCUCGUGGCUGGACCAGUACAAGACAACGGACGCACCGACUCGCGAGAUCCGGCGACUCAUGGAAAAGGACAACAAGAAGGCCCGGGACGCCGGCAAGAAAACGUUCAGCGCCAAUGUUCGCGCGCUCGCAGACUUUGUGCGGAAGCGAGACAAGCGCAUGAUCAAGCAUUUGCAGGAAAAGGAAGCGCACAAGGCGGCGCAGCAAGUCGAGAAAGCGGCAGCCGCCGCCGCGCGCAAAGCGGCCUUCGCGGCAAAAAAGGCCGAGUUUCACGCGACGUGGGAAGCGACCGAGUCGUCGCAGUACGCGACGGCAACGCUACAGGCCGAGGAGGCGAAGCGCCGCGCCAAGGCAGACGCGAUGGUGCUCGUGUGUGAGCUGUGCAAGAAGGAAUUCAAGUCGGAAAAACAAGUGCAAAAUCACUUGGUCUCAAAGAAACAUCGAGAACAAAUGAUCCUGGCUGGGGUCGACCCGACCAUGCUCGACGAGCUGCUCGCACUCGAGACGGCUGACCAGGCCGUGCCGCAACGACCGGCGUCACGCGCGCGGCGCGACGACGACAGCGACGACGAUGGCGUUGUCCAGCCUCGAAAGCAAGACGUGAAAGCGCAGCUCUCACCGGAAGACGAAGCCGCCAAGCGGCUCGAGCGCCAAGACAAGGACCGCAAGGCAGCCGAGAAGCGCCAGGAACGAAAAGACAAGCGAAAAACACAAAAAAAAUCCGACGCAGCGUCGUCGUCAACGACGACGACUGCUCCCGCGCCGCUGUCAAAAGGCGCUGUCAAGGGCAAAGCGGCCAAGGCCGCGACCGAUGCGGACGAAUUCCCGUGCGGGUCAUGCUCCAUGACGUUCCCAACGCUGAAAAUGCUGCAAAAACAUGUCAAGAAAGAGCGCCACGAGAUGCCGUGAUGCGCCGUGCAAGACAUCGAGUGCUUUCCCACCAUCUAUUACCAUGAAAACUGCAGUUGCUGCUUGAUGCGCCGGGGACUCGAAGGCAGGGCGUCGUAGGAAUCGCCAUACACCGCUUCCAAAUCGACCAC